CAGUCGGUCGGCAACCAGCGCGCCACACGGACGUCAUCUUCGUGUUUUCCGCCCGCUUCCACGCACGCCGGUUUCCUCUCUCACGCGUGCCACCCGUCGCCUAACGAACCCGCAGCUUCGUCCUCUUCGUCUUCCGCCCGCCGCGAGAUCUCACGAAUAUCCGAGGAGAACCGUUCCGCUCGCCCUCCACCCUUCCACUAAUCAGAGAGAGAACCGGCGGAUCGUCUGAGACUUCCGUCGAAAUGAGACCACCCCCGUCGUCGGGUGUCGCGAGCAAGUCCCCGGAGCGUCUGGUGUGCGAUUAAAUCGAGGCAACUUCGAACGGAAGCCGGAAGGAAGUUUAAAUGAGAAUCGUCUAGAGUUCGGGUUCGACGAUCAAAGUGGAGCGGCCGGCCGAUUCAGACGCGGAAUCCAGCGCACGUUGGUCCACCCAGGGAUUCAAAUGACGACCGCGGUGCGGGACAUGACAGUGAGACCGCCGGGCAGUUGACAGGCGACCGCCUAAGCUGGCAACCGGGAGAUGAUCGAGGCGUUCAGCUGAUGGUGCGAGGGGAACGUUGAAUCCUUGAAACGCUUGACAAAGAUCGUUGCCUUAGUCCUUGCUGCGGAGGACGCCUGGUACUCUUUAGCUCGUGAAUUCUACCUCGAGAUAUCUAUUUUUUUGUAUGUAUCUUCUAAGACCGGAGGGAACCGUCGCCACCGUACGUCCCGUCCUCCCCCGUCGACGUAGGUCUUCCAGAAACACGAGCGUGCCCCUUGCCGGUGUCGCCCUAGCAUCGAAAUUCUAUUCCCGCUACGAGUUAUCCUGGUUCCUAAACGAUUCUACCAUUCUGCGUUUCGGUCUUCGGCAUCUCCCGUGGAAUCUAGCCGAGAUCUUUUUAAGGGAGGGAAAGAGAGAGAAGAGUCUUCUUCCCUCGGCGAGCGACACGUUCGUCGGCCGACCGGUUGCGUUCCAGCUGCAACGAUUUCGGAACAGCUGCGACAACAUCCAGCGGAGGGUGGCGGAGAUCGUUCAGGGUUGCGUUCGGGACCGUCGUCGAAGGUGACACGAGAGACGACGGAGACGGGGCUGGCGGAGGAGGAGCAGGAGACGCUGGAAAAAAAGGAGGUGGAGGGUGACAGUAGUGUUGUCGGUAGCAGCAGCAGCAGCAGCAGUGGUGGUGGUAGCAGUGGUGUUGUUGGUGAUAGUGAACGGACCGGCCGCGUUCAGGAUAAGAAUACCGACGUUGCCAGUGGUAGUAGCGGGGUUAGUGGUGUCCGCGCAAGACUCUCGUACAGGAGUGGCACGUUGCGACUUCUGAAGGGACUGGUCGAGGGCCCGAUAGGCAGGGUGGCAGCACGAGUGCACCGUUGGGGAACAGCAGGAGGGGUCAAUCCCUCUGCACCCUCUGGACGGGGGGAAUGUCCCGGUGGAGAGGGUACCCCCCGUCGGAACGUCCUCGACGCCACGAAGAAUUGCCGGCUGAUGGGCGCCAACCUCACUAAGCAGAGCAGGCGAGAAGCUACGCAACGAGAUGUGGAACGUGAACGACGACAACGAAUGGAAGCCGAAGCUCGUGUUCGCGAGGCUACGGCUGAAGCCGAGAGAGCACGUUCCAGAGUUCAUCACCUUCAGAGAGAGUUGGCCAGGAUGGAGGAGACGUCCCGGGGGUUGCUGCAACACAAGCACAGGGCCGAGCAGCUGAAGCAAGAGAAGACCGCGCUCACGCUUUCUUACGAGGCACGUGUACAUCAAUACCAAGCACAGAUCUCGAAGUUGCAGCUGGAGAACGAGUCGAUGAGGGGUCAGCUGCGCGGCUUGGAGGCUGCUUGUGCUGGUGAAGUGCAUGCUGCACUGGUGGCACGUCUGGCGACCUUGGAAACUGAACACGCCGCGUUGGCACGGGACGCUGACGCUCAGCGUCGCCAAUACGAGCGGUGCCUGGACGACGUCGCCAACCAGGUGGUCCGCGCCCUUCUAUCCCAAAAGGGUCUCAGGGAAGAAAUCGGCGCGCUGCAGAGGCGCAUUCGGGAGCUAGAAGCUCAGAACCGAGCGCUUUCCGGAUUAUUGGCACAAGCUGCGACUCCUGGAACGCCGUCAGAAUUGAUACAAGGGAUCCUAGAAGCUGGGCCAGCGGCCGUAGUAGCUGCACUCGGUUUAGACCCGUCUUGGGUCCCUCUGGCGAGGCCCCGUUCUCUCAAUUUGCAGAUACCCGUGAUGGCGGCUACGAAAUGUCGAAGAAAUAGACCAUUGGCCCAGAAACCGUCGGAAGAGGAAGGCAGCGAGAGUCCGGAGAGCGGAAACAGGGACGAGGGUUACUCAACGAUGUCCAGUGACGUGCAGGGCGAGGGCGCCCGGCAAGAACCCUCUCGAGGCUUAGAGGAUCUCAAGGAAGCGACCGACGAGACCGAAGCGGAUGUUUCUCCAGACGCGCGGCUGGUCACCCUCGACGCCGGUGAUCCGGACGUACUCUUCCUACCAUUGAACCUCACCGUGGGAAUAAACCCGCGUCACAGCUACCCGCCGACCAAAGAUCUGCUGCCGUAUCAACACGUGAUGCGCAGCUUUUCUGACAGUCACUUAUGCCUGAAACUGACUACCACAACCAAUUUUACACCGUACAAGCUACCCAGCCCUAUGGGAUCGUCGUCGCUGCUCUUGGUCGAGGAAGAGGGCUGGGACGCUGAGUACGUGCAACAAUGGCUCAGGUUGGACGACAGUAGGAGUGCUCAACAACAUCGAGAUCUCCUCGAGUUGGAAUACGACAGAGCAGAACUGGAAGAUUGGAGUUUCUCGUUGUCCACCGAGGACCUUGUUCCAAAUGAAUCCAUGGUAUGGAAGGAACCCGCUACAACGACCACCCCCGCCCUCCCAGCAAUCAAGGAGCAUAAUCCCUUGGAAUUGGAAGAGGACGCGAACGAAUGCUUAUGGAAUGGUGCCAGUUACCUUGCAGAUAGAACGGGUGGAGAAUUGGUUGCACUUUUAAUGGAUGCCAGAACGACCGCAUCGUGGCCGUACGCAACGAGUCCCGGAGCUUCGUGGAGCAGCGAGGAUGGAGCGCUCGAGAAUUCCAGCAAAAGAUCGUCGGCCGCCUUGUCCGGUUGCAGCGACGAUGCGGAAUCACCAUCCAUCGGCACCGACUUCACCAGAGACUUUUAUAGGCUGGUGAAGUUCGAGAGCACGAAGAGCUUGGCCAGCACGUCAUCGAGAAGUGGAAGACCACCACCGGACCGAGAACAGGCACUCCAGAGCGUUUUGUCUUUCAUUGCUGAACAGCAAAUGUAUUUAGCCGAAGUACCCAGUAACAUUUUGGAGCAGAAUAACUCGACAACAGAAGUUCUAGAGGAAGCUGGAAACAAGGACGACUGUGGAACGGAGGCAAUGUGCGCCGAUAUUGAAACAUCCGUCGAUCAGGAGAACAGUCAUGGAGAGAAUAUCGUUGAGACGAGCAGUAACGACGAUCUGUUGGAUCAGAUACCUGUACCGUCUCUGGCGCCCGAGGAGCGAAUAAUCAGCGCAGUGGCUUGUAACGGUGGUGUGUCUUACACAACGGUUGCGCCCUCAGAAUUGGGCGCUGUCCCCGAAGAAGACGAGGAGGCAGCUACCUCUUCUACACCCAGCACGGUUGUCAGUCCAGCGAGAGCACCACUAUUGGUCGAAGGCAGGAAUCGAUCACUGAGCUUCCACGAACGCGCCACAUCGAAAGACGUGAUAGACGAACUGAACCGAAUGAUCAGGAAGGGCGAAGAGACCUUAUUGCAAGACAGCCAGGUGCCGCUCGAGAAAUUGGACCUUGCUUGCUGCUGUCCAACUGGAUGGGUUCACGUUGAACGAGACAUUGACUUCACCGACCCAAAAGCAAGAGCCAAUCUUUUAGACGUGAUGCUAGCAAGCAGCGAAAGUUCUUCAGCGACAUCGAGCAGCGGAUCAGCCGGAAGUGACUCGGGGGAUGAACCACCGGAUUACCGUCACUUGCACAGAUUACACCGAUACCGACGUCAAAAGAAAGCAUCGGCGGCCCAGGCACACCGUGUGCUGCGUUUGCCGUCAACCUGGGGCUCGUCCAGGCCAUCGAUCAUCGGACGGGGCGACGACUUCUUCGUCCGCUACGGGGACAAGGAACGGGAAGCCGUGGCCUCCUUCGACUUCCUCGACGAGUUCGUGGCGCCCUCCUCGACUGGAUCCAACGCCAGUCUCAUCGAGCUGGACGACACGCCGUCCGCGGAGCUUCACAGCGACAUCAUGAAGCUAUCACCGCUCUCGGAUCAGCUUCGGGGCAGAGCCCUCCAGUAAACAGCGACUGUUCCCCGUCGGAGAUAGGCAAACUGGUUCCUCCGACGACCACACCCUUCGCUUCGCAGAAUUUCUUUGUUUCCCUUUUUGUUCUCUUCCAAUUUGAUGUCUUAACGUUCGUAUUAAAGUUGAAAUGUUGAUUCUUUUUAAGGUUCAUGGCAGUGUUUCCAUAGAGUUGUAUAACUGGCCGCUCUAGGUCCUUCAGGGAAGAUCUUCAGGUGUGUCCGUAUGACCUUUGAAAAGUCGUUAACACGUUAUCUCUGGAAAGAUUAAAAAGGAGUUUUACGUCUUCGAUGAAUCAUUUGUACUUUGGUAGAUAAGCGGUCGUAUACGCACAUACGUUGUUCAGACUGAAGAUUUAGUCUUUCCGGAGUUAAUGUUGUAGCUAAGUGUGGAAGUAGUGUAAAGAUCUAACAGACCGUGAGAAGACUCCUUUAGAAUCUGUACUGUUGGGUUGGCACUGAUUCAUGAAACCUGUAAUGAACUUAUUUUAUUUUGUAACACUUAGUUCUCGGGUUGUUCGAAUUACAAACAAAUUGUAGCGAUGCAGCGUUCCCUCGCAUUGUCAAUUUCCUCAUAAGAGCAUCAUCCCACGUAUUUGUAAAAUAGCCUGCGAACAUUAUAAUUUCUGUACACAUCCGCUAACCGUCAUGGCAUCGUCCGAUCAAUGAAGCAGUCGCAUAACAGUGUCCGCUGCCCUGUACACGAUAAUUGCACCUUAUGAACCGUAUAACGCUGUACGGAGGGAAUAAUGUACAAUGUUUAUCAUUAGAAGAUGUACGGAUUUUCGUUCGCUGUAAGACACCCGAAAAUCGUUUUGUUCGGUAAUUAAAGGUCAGUGUAGCUUCACCGUAGUCAAAUACGAGCUUUAAUGUAAAUGUUGCUAGAUAGAAACGUAGAGUAGCAUUCGCGCCGAUGGAGAGGGGCGCAUUAGCGAGAAUUAAGAGGACAGGCAAGCGUGUCCCUCUCGAACGGCGAGAACCCAUCCUAAUCAAUGUAUUCGAAUUGAAUUCGCUCGAACGGGACGAGCGCAGUUUGCCUAUCAACGACUAUUCCUCUAAACGUGUGUAUCCAUCAAUCUGAUCCCCAGCGAAUCGCUACUUGUCGCACGAUCCUGAACGCACUCUUGGAUAUUGGAAUCUGUAAAUAGGCUACUAAUUUUCGUACGAGUAAGAUCGGUCGUCCACCAUUCGAAUCGAAUCUUCGGCGUCGCGGGCUACAAUUUUUAUAUAUCCUCAAACGACGCGCGUCGAAGAUGAACCGUUGGAACAGCAGCGAAGCUAUCGCGGCGUUUCACUCGGAUAAUCGAGGUUUAUUUAUAUAGGUAUAUCCGGGCGUCGAUAUCUUGCGUUUUUCCUGUUCCUUUCUUUUUUUAUGUUCGAGCUUCCUCUUUUCAAUAGAAUGCCCAACGAACCGACACCGAGACCAGCAGAAUCGACUUCGUCUGUCGCGCGAGAGAAUGAUCUCAACUCGGUUUCCCUUCGUGGAAACGCGUCGGUUUUACGAUUACGCGAACUUUUCUGUACGAUCGGGAGAGCCGGACAGAAGACAGUUGUUGUACUUGAAGUGUACUCUCGCCCGCAGGAUGGACAGUAGAUUCUUCAAUUCGCGUAACGCUCGAGUCCUAUCGGUAAACUUUGCGUGAGAUGCGUUGCGAGCACCGUUCCAGAGUGUGGCACGAGUGGCAAGAUACAGCAUAGACUGGUAUCAUCUCAAACCUGUCUCGUCAGAUACAACAAAGUGUUUCUAGCGCUUCCGCCGAUGAUCCCGUCGAACUAGAUCACGAUAAAGAAAAGCAAAGGGUCGAGGAGAUCUAAUUGUUGAAACCGCUCUUGUGUUUGUCUCGAGACAACUCGCGUAACGCACAGUAGAACCGAAAGAGAGAACGGAAAGAUCGCGAUCUCCGGAAGAAGAGAGAGGAACGCCAGGCUACGGAAAGUUUUUACGAUUCUUUCAAACGAACCCGGUGAUUUGGACACGACGCAACAUCUUCCGAAACUGAGCUUAGAAACUUUAGAUUAAGGACCGUUCGACGAUUUUUUAUGAAUUUGUACGAUCUCCUGAACGAUCGUCGAUGAACGUUCGAGGCGCGUAGUAAUUCUAUUUCUUGGUCGUGUUAAGGCACGCAUUGCAUUCGCGCUGCCAGCGCUCAACAUUUUUUCCAUUCGGUCGACAACCGAAAAGAUGAAUCGGGGCCACACGCGUUUCUCGCGUUACGAGAGAGUAGUGGAUACGCGUGUGAGUCGUAGAUGUUAGAGGAGAAAAGAAAAUUCGCGUUUGACGAGGGUAUUGUACCGAGCAAACGUUUCGCCACGGUUUAUACGGGAUUCGCGACACACUGAGAGCGUUAAAAGACGUUCGCUCGGAACGAACUUGCGUUCGGUGAAAUUAAUAAGGAAAUAUCAUUAGUCCGUGUAACGUUAAUGUAAUAAAAUCGAGAUAUUUUACAAGUAAAUAGACGUUUAACUACGAUGGCACGGAUUAUUAAAAGAAUCGAUUGGACUGACACCUGGGGAACAAAAUAGUCGAUUCUGCGACUUCGAAAUGGCUACCGGGUACACUUGAUCCAUUCGCUAGCAUUAUCUUCAUUCGCCAAUCAUCUCUUAUUUUUUCUUAUAUUGUUGGGUGUAUUGAUAAGCAGUUGACUGUAAUUUCAAUAAAGUUGCAGUUUAACACUUAUCCUCUCGUUAACCAAAAUGGCGGACGGUGGUUAAGACAAGUGUCGUCCUCAAGUGUUUUACAGUGAACAGUUGAAUCAUAGUUUACUUAUUGAUAUACUUAAUAUUAAUUGCUUUUUCCGUAGAAAAUCAUCCACUUGAAAUAUACAAAGUUUUGGAUCUUUUUUCUUAAUAAAAUUACUUAUUUUAA